UCGGACACGAGCCCGAGGGAGUAUAUAUGGGUGCUGCACAACAGCCAAGAGUCACAAACUCACAACCCCUGCCCUUCCCUGAUCACAAGCAGGAAAGAAUCCACCUUUCAUCCCUCGAUCGGCGACGAUGAUGCAGCGCGCCGUGAAUCCCUGGGCCUUUGCCCGCCCUCCGCCGCCCGGCUUCGGAUUCUCCUUCGCUCGGCAGCCCGUCGCCGACUUGCCCGCACGUCGUCGGCCUCCGCCCCCCGGCUUCGAAUUCUCCUACGCUCGGCAGCCCGUCGCCGACUUGCCCGCCCGUCGUCGACCUCCGCCCCCCGGCUUCGAAUUCUCCUACGCUCGGCAGCCCGUCGCCCGUCUUCGAACCCCGCCCCCCAGCAUCGGAUUCUUCUGCGAUCAGCUGCCCGUCGACGACGUGCCCGCCCUGCUCCCGCCAUCGCCCAGCGAGAUCCCCGUGCAACCGAAGCACCCAAAGCGCGCGGCGCCGCCGUCCGUAUCCACAGCCGUCUCAGAGAACGAGAAGCCCUCCACUACGAAGCGCCGGCGGGUGUGCUCCGACUACGAAGACGACAUCGACGCCAACCUCAGGAGGACGGAGCGGAGCCCCGAGGAGCGGCCGCGGCCGGACUACCUGAAGACGGUGCAGAAGGACCGGGUGAGCCCGUCGGACCGCGCCCGCAUGAUCGAAUGGAUGGACGCGUUCGUCCGGAACCACGACCUCGUCGACGGCACGCUCCACCACGCCGUGGCCUACGUCGACCGGGUCCUGUCGGUGCGAGCCAUGAGGAAGCAUACCGACCACGAGCUCCGCCUCCUGGGCGCCGUGGCCAUCUUCGUGUCCGCCAAGUACGAGGACGGCCAGCGCACCUUGGCGAAGCUGGACCCCGACAAGAUCUCCUGGUACGUCGGCGGGUCCGCCACGAGGGAGGAGGUGCUCGACGUGGAGCGCCGCAUGGUGGUGGCGCUCGGGUACCAGCUCGGCGGCCCAACGGCGCACACCUUCGUCAGCCGCUUCACCAAGCACGCACAAGAAGAGGAGGACCUGAAGAUCCAGCGAAUGGCGCACCGCCUCGCCGACGAGUCGCUGCGCAACUACGCGUGCCUCGGGUACGUGCCGUCCGUCGUGGCGUCGUCUGCAAUCUUCCUGGCGAGGUCUGCGCUGCUGAACCCGCCGGACGUAGCGGCGUGGAGCACGGAGAUGCAGGAGCUCACGGGGUACGACGUCAUGAACUUGGCCGGAUGCCUGCAUGCUAUGCGCCCAGUCGCUCAUCUGUGACCCUCGGCGUUGAUCAACUGUAAAAGCGAGAGAGCAAUUUUGGCAGAUUGUACAAGUAGAUAAGAACCGUAGACUCUCUCUGUAAUGUUCAUGCAUAUGCAUCUGUAACAGAGCAAUUGUUGGGAAUAUUGUCUCUCCCUGUGAAU